AUGUCUGCACCUAGUUUGAGGUCUACUUCUGUGCUGACGGAGCACCUUGAGUAUCCGCCGGUGUCGCUGGUGGAUGAUAUUAUCAAUGCGGUGAAUGAGACGAUGUACAAGUGUACCAGUGCGAUGGAGAAGUAUCUACUGGACCGGAGUGAGGUCGAUGGGGUAUCGUAUGAGGAAGAGAUACGGGUUGGUGUUGCGAAGCUUGAGUCGCUUAUGGAGAGCGCUGUGGACAGGAAUUUUGAUAAGCUGGAACUGUACGUAUUGCGGAACGUGUUGAGGGUUCCCGAAGAGCUGCUGGAUGCUGGUGUGUUUCGACUGAAGCACCAAGUUGACUUAGAAGUAGUGGAUCCAAAGUUACAACACCAGGUGGAGAUUGAGUUGGAGGACAAAGUGCGCGAAUUGGAAACUGCGUUUGAAACUCAUGCGCAACUGAAGAAGAAAGUACGCGACUUGAAGACGGUUGCACAAAGACUGAACAGAUUUGAAGACCUGCUGGUAAGGUUUGUCAAAGAGCAAGGAGACGACGCUGAAGGUGUACUAAGAAGUCUCCGGCCGCUGGACGAUACGUUGAAGUUGCUUGUCCUGCAAUUGAAAAGGCUUUACAUUGAGAGCGAAGAGAAUUGCUCGAUGGAUAAAGUAAACACUGUGGUCGAAAGCACUCGACAGAAUGGCUACAGGCCUAAUUCAAGCAGAACUAAAUACAUUGACGCAAGCGCAGACAUGGUACUGGAAAAGCUUUUGCACCCAACCGAGACAGAUACAAGUCACAAAAAUUGA